AUGGACAGCCGUAAGUGGCGCAUCCUCAUGACUCCACGGAGGGCUAAAUUUGGUAAGGAGAUGUUCAUUCUUCUGAAAGAUUCUUUUGGAUUCUGGUUACAGUCGCUCUAAAUGUACAAAAAGAGUAAUGAAUCAGCUGUUGUUACGUGAAACAAAAAGAGGGUUGUGAUACAAAGAAGGUCUUUGAGAUUUGGGAUCCAUCCUUCACUCACCACAGGCACUAAUGGAGGAGAGCUCUCAGAAAGAGGUACUUAUAUUUGUAACAGAGAAAACGCACAGGAGCAACAGGUGCUGGAGUUAUAAUAGUACCCAACAGAAAAAGCAGUUUCUAUACGUCGCCCGUCUGUGACUCUCUAUCUGAAGGAACGAGCAAACCCGAGUAUAGCAACCUGGACAGAAUGUAUGUUCCUGUGUGUGGAAAGCAAUCUGACUCAGGCACCGAGUCCAGAACAGGAAGGGCAGCCCCGCUCAGAAACAAUAGCCAGGCUUUAAACAAGUCUUACAUAACGUGUCAGGCCUGUAGGACACAGUUGACCAUGAUCCAGUUAAAACUGGAGGUCCAGGAAGUCAAAGAAACCAAAGGGUCCCUCGUCCUUGUUUGACAGUCUGCACAUUUCAGUGUUUUUGUCAUGAGUGUUAAAUAGGCAUGAAGUGAAUUCCCAUGCUGAUUUUCUUGACUCUUACAUGUUUCUCAAUGUUUCACACAGGUACCGUCCGAGUCCGCACAAUGGAGAACAUAGUGAAAUCCUUUAUUUCUCCACCAAGACGCUGCACGCCAGAGACGUGGGAAGUAAGUUCUCUGACUCUGUCAUACAACACAAGGUUUGAACACACAAGGUUACGAUACUAG